GGGGCCGGGAGUCCCUGGCGGCGGCCCGUGGACUAGCUGCUUUCGGCUGGGUCCUGAGUCCACCCAGCUCCACUGACCCCGGAGUGAGCCCUCCGGCCUUUCUAGCCCCAGUUGCCCUCCUACAGGGAGGGGCAAGGAUCAAGGCUCCGCCCUCCAGACGCGGGUCCCACGUUGUGGGGGGAGGGAGCCCUUUAAGAAGACCUGAGUGACUCACGUAGGAAAGGAGAGGGGGCUCUAAGAUCUCCUUGAAAUAGCGGUCCCAAGAGUCUCUGAGGAUCUUCCUUGCACCCACUCCACACUCCUCCAACAGUACAGCCAGGUUAGAGGCCUUUCCCAGGUGAGUUCCUGUCCCUCAAAUGGGAUCCUCUCCCCAGGUCAGGGCUUUUCCUAGAUCAGAACUUUCCUGACUGGUGAAAGCUUCCCCAACAGGCUAGAGUUUUCCCCCAGGUAAGAUCCCUCUGUGAGAUGUAUUCCCAGGUGACAGCUUUUCCCCAUUCCACGUAGGAGCCUCUCCCCAGGUCAGAGCUUCCCCUACGGGAGAAUAUACCCCAGGUGAGAACCCUCUCCCUCUAGGUCUCUUCUCAUGUGAGAUCUUUCUCUGACUUCAAGUAGGUGCCUCUGGGCAGAGGGAAGAUUCCCCCUAUGUCAGAACUUGCCUGGCUGGUAAAGAUUCCCUGGUAGGUCAGAGAUCCCUCUAGGUGAGAUUCCCCUUGAAAGCUUCUAUUCCCAGGUGAGCUCUUUCCCCCACUUCAAGUGGGUACUUCCCUUUCCAGGCGGGAGCCUCUCCCUCUAGGUGAGAGAUUGCCACUCCAAGAGCAAGCUCCUUCUCAGACCAAGGGACACGCAGGCACUGCUGUCUGCAACACAAGCAAUGGAGCUGCGGAGGCGAGACUACCACAUGGAACGGCCGCUGCUGAACCAGGAGCAUUUGGAGGAGCUGGGGCGCUGGGGCUCAGCACCUAGGACCCGCCAGUGGCGGACCUGGUUGCAGUGCUCCCAUGCUCGGGCCCGUGCCCUUCUGCUCCAACACCUUCCGGUUUUGGUCUGGUUACCCCGGUAUCCUGUGCGUGACUGGCUCCUGGGUGACCUGUUAUCCGGCCUGAGUGUGGCCAUCAUGCAGCUUCCACAGGGCUUGGCCUAUGCCCUCCUGGCUGGAUUGCCCCCUGUGUUUGGCCUCUAUAGCUCCUUCUACCCCGUCUUCAUCUACUUCCUGUUUGGCACUUCCCGGCACAUCUCCGUGGGGACCUUUGCUGUCAUGUCUGUGAUGGUGGGCAGUGUGACAGAAUCCCUGGCCCCGCAGGCCUUGAACGACUCCAUGAUCAAUGAGACAGCCAGAGACGCUGCCCGGGUACAGGUGGCCUCCACACUCAGUGUCUUGGUCGGCCUCUUCCAGGUGGGGCUGGGCCUGAUCCAUUUCGGCUUCGUGGUCACCUACCUGUCAGAGCCUCUUGUCCGAGGCUAUACUACAGCUGCAGCUGUGCAGGUCUUCGUCUCACAGCUCAAGUAUGUGUUUGGCCUCCAUCUGAGCAGCCACUCUGGGCCACUGUCCCUCAUCUAUACAGUGCUGGAGGUCUGCUGGAAGCUGCCCCAGAGCAAGGUUGGCACCGUGGUCACUGCAGCUGUGGCUGGGGUGGUGCUCGUGGUGGUGAAGCUAUUGAAUGACAAGCUGCAGCAGCAGCUGCCCAUGCCGAUACCCGGGGAGCUGCUCACGCUCAUCGGGGCCACAGGCAUCUCCUAUGGCAUGGGUCUGAAGCACAGAUUUGACGUAGAUGUCGUGGGCAACAUCCCUGCAGGGCUGGUGCCCCCAGCGGCCCCCAACACCCAGCUGUUCUCAAAGCUCGUGGGCAGCGCCUUCACCAUUGCUGUGGUUGGGUUCGCCAUUGCCAUCUCGCUGGGGAAGAUCUUCGCCCUGAGGCACGGCUACCGGGUGGACAGCAACCAGGAGCUGGUGGCCCUGGGCCUCAGUAACCUCAUCGGAGGCAUCUUCCAGUGCUUUCCCGUGAGUUGCUCUAUGUCUCGGAGCCUGGUACAGGAGAGCACCGGGGGUAACUCGCAGGUUGCUGGAGCCAUCUCUUCCCUUUUCAUCCUCCUCAUCAUUGUCAAACUUGGGGAACUCUUCCAUGACCUGCCCAAGGCCGUCCUGGCAGCCAUCAUCAUUGUGAACCUGAAGGGCAUGCUGCGGCAGCUCAGCGAUGUGCGCUCCCUCUGGAAGGCCAAUCAGGCGGAUCUGCUUAUCUGGCUGGUGACCUUCAUGGCCACCAUCCUGCUGAACCUGGACCUUGGCUUGGUGGUUGCAGUCAUCUUCUCCCUGGUGCUCGUGGUGGUCCGGACACAGAUGCCCCACUACUCUGUCCUGGGGCAGGUGCCAGACACGGAUAUUUACAGAGAUGUGGCAGAGUACUCAGAGGCCAAGGAAGUCCUGGGGGUGAAGGUCUUCCGCUCCUCGGCCACCGUGUACUUUGCCAAUGCUGAGUUCUACAGUGAUGCGCUGAAGCAGAGGUGCGGUGUGGAUGUCGACUUCCUCAUCUCCCAGAAGAAGAAACUGCUCAAGAAGCGGGAGCAGCUGAAGCUGAAGCAACUGCAGAAAGAGGAGAAGCUUCAGAAACAGGCUGCCUCCUCCAAGGGCGCCUCAGUUUCCAUUAAUGUCAACAGCAGCCUUGAAGACAUGAGGAGCAACAACGUUGAGGACUGCAAGAUGAUGGUGAGACUAGAGGUGGGAAAGGAGGUGACAGCUAUGAGCUGCAGAGAUGCAGGAUCCACACGUCUCAUGAGGAAUGCCAUGGACCCAGCAGCUGUGGGCUCGAGGGUGUUGUGCCGAUGGCAGGAGGAGUGGAGGCUGGAUCAGAUAUUCUUCAGGGAGAGUCAUGAUAUGCCACAGAAUCUAGGCUUAGAUUCUCAGGCCUGGAUGAAGACCUUGAAUUUUUUUUUUUUUUUGAGACGGAGUCUCGCUCUGUCCCCCAGGCUGGAGUGCAGUGGCGCAAUCUCGGCUCACUGCAAGCUCCACCUCCCGGGUUCACGCCAUUCUCCUGCCUCAGCCUCCCGAGUAGCUGGGACUACAGGCGCCCGCCACCACGCCCGGCUAAUUUUUUGUAUUUUUAGUAGAGAUGGAGUUUCACUGUGUUAGCCAGGAUGGUCUCGAUCUCCUGACCUCGUGAUCCGCCCGCCUCGGCCUCCCAAAGUGCUGGGAUUACAGGCUUGAGCCACCACGCCCGGCCGGCGAAGACCUUGAAUUGUAGAUGCCACAAGACUCCCCCCAGAGUCUGCUCAUGGGUAGAGGAAAGGGAUUGGGUGUAUGGGAGAAAAUCAAGGGGUCAAAGGCAGGCGUGGUGCGUGCCUAUAGUCCCAGCCCUUCGGGAGGCCAAGGCGAGAAAAUCAUUUGAGCCCAGGAGCUCGGGGCUGCAGUGUGCUCUAAUGGUGCCUGUGAAUAACCACUGCAUUCAGCCUGGGCAAUGAAGCGAGACCCCGUCUCUAAAAAAAAAAAUUUAGGGGUCAAAGAGGAUGCCAAACUUAGAGACUCAGACAGGGCAGGGUGCCAAGGUGUCUGCGUGUGUUUCAUGUGGAUGCCUGUGUCUAUUCUGGCCUGUUCCUGGGCCCCCUCCCCACUCGGCCCUGGCUGAUGAGAAUGGGACAGGGUCUCCCAGCACCGUCCCUUCUCGUGUCCCUGUGCAGCCUCGGCCCAGAGGGUAGCAGAGCAGUAUAUGCACGUCUGGGUGUGCCCUCCUGCGUGUCCCCACACAUCUGUCAUUCCUGUCUUUGCACACCUAUGUGACUCCCCCAUGUUUGUGUCCUUAUGUGUCGCAUGCAUGCUCCCCAUCUGACCUUGCAUGUUCCCGCAUGUCUGUGUGUGGCCAGUCCUGCCAUCACCCUCUCAUGGGUGGCCCUGGCAGCAUGUCUGGAUCCCCAGCAGAUGAGCCCAGGAGAUAAGAUGGAAGAUGCAACAGCC